UCCCAGGACAGCUCAGUCACCCAUCAGGACCCCUCGUUGAUCCGGCAUCUCUUAGGACAGCUUAGUCACCCAUCAGGACCCCUCGCUACGGUCGAUGGUCACGUCACUUCCGGCCGGUCUCACGUGCGCGCAUCAUGGCGGAUCUGCAGAUGAAGCUGCUGCGGAGGAAACUCCAGAAGAGAAAUGAGAAAAUCCGGAAAAGAAACCAACAGAAGAGACAGCGGGAGGGCCUGGCGGGGGACGCAGUUGUCGACCAGGAGGAGCGGAGCAGCGAGGAGACGGCUCCAGAGGCGGGGGUCCCGGUAAAUGGAGACGUGGAGGAGAAUCCUGAGACCCCCGGGGGCACCAGGAAGAAGAGGAAGCGGAAGCUGGUGACUGAGCAGACUGAUGCCAAGCGACUAAACAAUGAAGAGGCGGAGCCAAAAGUAACCACCCAGGAGACAGAGGGGGAGGAGCCUAAUGUUACUGCCCGGGAGACUGACGAGGAGGAGGAGCCUGGUCUGCCAAUGGGAUUAACUGGGGCGUUUGAGGACACGGCGUUCUCCUCCCUGGCCGACCUGGUGAAUGAGAACACGCUGAAGGCCGUGGCUGAGAUGGGCUUCACUCACAUGACGGAGAUCCAGCAUAAAACCAUCAGACCGCUCCUGGAGGGCAGGGACGUUCUGGCUGCCGCUCGCACCGGUAGCGGUAAGACGCUCGCCUUCCUGGUCCCAACCAUAGAACUGGUCUACAAGCUUAGGUUUAUGCCGCGGAAUGGGACGGGGGUGCUCAUCUUGUCGCCCACGCGGGAGCUCGCCAUGCAGACAUACGGGGUCCUGAAGGAGCUGAUGGCGCAUCACGUCCACACCUACGGGCUGAUUAUGGGCGGCAGUAACCGGUCGGCAGAAGCUCAGAAACUGGCCAAUGGGGUUAAUAUUGUUGUGGCGACCCCGGGGAGGCUCCUGGACCACAUGCAGAACACGCCAGGAUUCAUGUACAAAAACCUGCAGUGUCUGGUCAUCGACGAGGCCGAUCGCAUCCUGGAGGUCGGGUUCGAGCAGGAAAUGAAGCAGAUCAUCAACCUGUUACCAAAGCGCAGGCAGACCAUGCUGUUCUCUGCCACUCAGACUCGCAAGGUGGAGGACCUGGCGCGGAUCUCCCUCAAGAAGGAGCCGCUGUAUGUGGGGGUGGACGACAACAAGGACACGGCCACGGUGGACGGUCUGGAGCAGGGUUACGUGGUGUGUUCCUCGGAGAAGCGCUUCCUGCUGCUCUUCACCUUCCUGAAGAAGAACCGCAAGAAGAAGAUGAUGGUUUUCUUCUCGUCCUGCAUGUCGGUGAAAUUCCACUAUGAGCUCCUCAACUACAUCGACCUCCCGGUGAUGGCCAUUCACGGGAAGCAAAAGCAGACGAAACGCACCACCACCUUCUUCCAGUUCUGUAACGCGGACACGGGAAUCCUCCUGUGCACGGACGUGGCGGCCCGAGGACUGGACAUCCCCGAGGUGGACUGGAUUGUGCAGUAUGACCCCCCAGAUGACCCCAAGGAAUAUAUCCACAGAGUGGGGCGAACAGCGCGGGGGAUUGAUGGGCGGGGCCACGCCUUACUGAUCCUGCGCCCGGAGGAGCUGGGGUUCCUGCGAUACCUAAAACAAGCCAAGGUGCCGCUAAGUGAGUUUGAGUUCUCCUGGAGUAAGAUCUCCGACAUCCAGUCUCAGCUGGAGAAACUGAUAGAGAAGAAUUAUUACCUGCACAAGUCUGCGCAGGAGGCGUACAAGGCGUACAUCCGGGCCUACGACUCGCACUCUCACAAACAGAUAUUUAACGUCAACACCUUGGAUUUGCCAAAAGUGUGUCUGUCCUUUGGGUUCCAGAUCCCCCCGUUUGUCGACCUCAAUGUAAACAGCAGCGGUGGGAAGAAGCUCCAGAAACGAGGAGGCGGAGGAGGAUUUGGGUAUCAAAAGUCUAAAAAUCUGCACAAAUCUAAAAUCUUCAAGCACGUCAAUAAAAGUGGUCGGAACGAUGGGCGGCAGUUCACACGCUGAUCAGACCUGUAGCUUUCUCACUCCUAAAGCCAGAACAUAUGAUGGGGACGGGUUUUAGUGAAGACCCCGCAUUCAGACAUGGCCACCAAGCUUUUUCAGUUUUCCUCAGAUCAUUCCUAGAACUGCACCACCCCUCAGGAUAAUCGUCUGUCUUUGCUGGGAGUUAUAGUACUCUUGUGUUGAGCACAGCGGAGGCGCUUUAUCAGGGUCCUGUUCAUACAGGGACGUCUCACUUGUCCUCUGCGGUUAUAUAAUCCUGUAUCAUGUGACUGAUGAUGUAAGGGCUUCUACACACGACCGUAUGUGACGUCCGUGUUAUAUCGUGGUUUUUUUUUUUUUUUUUUCUUCGGAUCCAUUGUAAAAACGUCUGUCCUUGUCCACAAAAUUUUGUUGUGGAACUGACUCAUUUCCGUGUUUUUUGCUUCCCUGUUAAAAUGAAUGGUUCUGCAUACGGGCCAGGAAAAAACCGGAACAGACACGGACAAAAAGUACGUUUGUGUGCACGAGCCCUAAGGCUUCAUUCACACGUCCGUCAGAUACCGGACUGACAUCCUGCAGGCGCGCACCGCGUCAUUGGU